AUGUUGUUCACAAAGUCGAUUCUUCUCGGCCUCGCUGCCCUGGCAGUCGGUCACCCUGGACACGAAGAGGAAGAGCGUCUUCAGGCUGUCAAUGCCCGCGCCGCCACGGCUCGCACCAGACGGGCUCUCGAAGGCUGCACUUCCCAGCUCGAGGCCCGAGGUGUCUAUGCGCGUGCUAUGGAACGUCGCAGGGCUGCUGUUGAAGCCCACCGCAUUGCCAAGCGAAUCCCGUUGGAUACUCCCUACACUAUGAGCAACAACCGAAUGGCUAAGCGCAACACCACCGACGUCCUCAAUAAGGAUCACCAAGGCGACCUUAACGCCUCCGUGGCCAUUGAUGACCCGUCCUACGUCUUCAACAGCACUACCUGCACGGUACUGAACCCAGAGGGUGAGGUCGGGCCGUUUUACGUCCUCGGGGAAUACAUUCGUUCCGAUUUGGUGACAAAUGAGGCCGGCGUGGCUGGCAUACCUUUCGUCGCUGAUAUCCAGUUCAUCAACGUGGAUACCUGCGAGCCUCUAGUCGAUGUCUGGGCAGAUGUUUGGUCGUGUAACGCCACCGGUGUCUACGGAGGUGUUCAAUCCAGCAUGAAUGGAAACCCAUCGGAUGCCACGAACCUUAAUAACACUGCUCUGCGUGGCAUCCAAAAGUCGGACUCUGAUGGGGUUGUCCAAUUUUCUUCCAUCUUCCCGGGCCACUAUGGGGGCCGCACCACUCAUCAGCAUAUUGUUGUACACGAGAACGCCACCGUCCAGUCGAAUGGGACCCUCACCGGCGGGUCGGUUCCACACAUUGGUCAGGUCUUCUGGGACCAGUCACUCAUUACGGAGAUUGAGGCUUUGAGCCCAUAUAGCGAGAACACCGCCCGGCUGACACCCAACUCUGAAGACCACGUCUUCGGCCAACAGGAAACGGAAGGUACCGAUUCGGACCCGGUCUACAACUAUGUUUACUUCAGUGACGAUGUCAACGAUGGCCUAUUUGGGUGGAUUGUAAUUGGAAUCAAUCCCUCUGCUUCGUACACCCCAACUUACUCUUUCGCCUUGACCGAGGGCGGUGGCGUGGCUGUUGGCAAUGGUGGCGGAGGUGGCGGCCCUGGCGGCCCUCCUCCCUCCUCCUAA